AUGGACCAACAUCUAUUGUUGAAUUCCGACCAACAUUCAGCAAGUGAUGAUGACCAACUAAUCAAGCAAGAGCUGGAGUUACUAGAAACUGUCGAGCAGGAUUCAUUUGAUACGGAAGAUUUGGCUGAAGGACUGGUUAUGGAACUGGACCCUCAGUAUAUUUACAAUUCAGUUAGUCAGACACAAAAGUCACUGGAUAAUAGUCUUCAACUUGACUCGAUGACCAAAGUGCCAAGUCAUUCUUUACAUGAGCACACUGUGGCCACUAAAGAUGAAGCUGAUUCACUAAAAUAUACACAUUCGAGUCCAUUUAAAGAGGAGCUUCAACAAUCUGUAUUUUGGAAAGAUUUUAUCGAAUCAACGUUGUUACGGUCGGAGGAGCAAGAUACUAGGAUCCGAGAGCUAGAGUCGGACAUUCCAGAUUUACUACAACCCAUGGAUGCUAAAGAAUUAUUGCUUGACCAAGUGCUGCCAGAUACUACUACAAUCGACCCUGACAUGUUUGAUGCAAAAGAUUUGAUUGGAUCUGAUACUACGCUAAAUGAUAAACAGGCCACUAAUUUAUUUGAUCAAAAACUAGACGCCAAUAAAGCUCUAGAACAGCUAAACAUACCAAGCCCACAAAGAGUAUCCUCGAGUAGUUCCCCUGGACUGCAGGCUGAAUGUAGCACUAUCAAAUCGGAUCAAAAUCCAUCAGAAGCAAAUGAAGCUAUGGAUACAAAAAAUUCGCGUCAAGGAAUGCCUCGAAAAUCAAAAACACCUUCUGGAGGUGCCAGGCGUGGAAGUGUUGCACCCAAAAAAACACACAUUGCAACCACACCAGAUACAACGUCGUUGCGAAAAUCAGAACAUAUGGAUGCAACAGGCCCAGAUUUUACAAUUCUAGGAAAGCAUGCGUACUCGGCUGUUUCAAAUGUUUCAUGGUCAAAGUCUCUGGCCAAAUCUGAUCAAACAAAAGACAAUACAGACUUGGAAAUUAAGCAUCAACAAAAGCUCAGUCAGCUAGAGACUGUAACACAAAGCGAAGAAGAUAUUUUGAAAAAAAUGCAGCAUGAUGGUACUGAAUACUCACAAACAUUGGCACUCACUAGUACUUCUUAUGCUCAAAUUCGACACCCCAAACAGCGCUCUACUGCGUUUCAAUCUUUUCCACAUGAUGUCAACUCUGAUUUAGAUGGCCAACAGUCGUUGAAUGCCAUUGGAUCCAGUAACCUUCACCUUGAAUCCGAUCAUUCUCAAGCGUUGGUCAAGGACGAGCUUAAUUACAGUCAUAGAGAAAAUAUAGAUCCACCUACAUUGUCACAAAUACCUUUUGAUUUGGACGAGCUUUCUUUGUUCAUGUGUGAUGCAGAUCCAAACGAAAUUGUUGAAGCUGGGUACCUAAAAGCAUUGAUUUUAAAAUAUGAAUCUGAGCUGCAAUGGAUUCAGGGUAAAAUCAAAGAGGAACGACAUACACAAAAAGAAAUCAAGUUUCGUAUUGAAUCUGUUUUAGCAUCAAAAACAUCUUAUACAAGAGCUAUGCGCAACUUUAAAAACAAGUUACUUUGCUUGAACGGAGAGAUUAGAGAUGUAACCUUUUGGAUUAGUGUCGAGUCCAAAAACAUCUAUGAUCGCGAAAAGGAUCGAUCAAACAUGCUUGUUGCUCGUACUCAAGAUUUUGUAAAGCAAUUUUUAGAAAAAAAGUCAAAAGACUUGCGUCAGGUUGAACUAGCACAGCAGCGGAAACUAGAAGCGGAAGAGCAAUCAAUGAAGAUUCGAACCAAUGCAGCAGACCUUCGAAUUCAGUGCUAUGAAAUUGACGAAACUUUGAAAUGCUACAGUGCUGAUAUUGAAAAUAUCAAGUGGGAGGUUGCUAAAAAGCAGCUGCUUAGAGAUGAAGCAAUAGAGGCAAUAUUAAAAAAAGAGGCAAUUGCUCAGGAAUGCGAUUUGCGUGUUUUGAAUACUGCUCUUGAACGGCAGCAACUUAUAGGCAAAAAAGCCUUGUUUGUAGAAGAUUUAGAAGUGGUCGAUUUGAGCGACGCGCAACUUGCUCGUAUUCCAAAGUUGCUCAUUCAGUCAAAACGAGUCAAGCAUGUGGAUAUUGACAAAAACGAUCUCAAAAAAUCAAGCGUGAUUCAGCAACUUCCAGAACUGAUAUCACUUAGAGCGUGUAGUAACCGAUUUGAAAAAUUGGAACUUGCCCAACUCUUGAAGCUCAGAUCUCUCACUGUAGAAAAUAACGGUAUUAUGGAGAUAUCAGGUUUGACAGAUGAACUCACUUAUCUAGAUAUUUCCAGCAAUCCAAUUUCCAAAAUUGAUAGUAUUUCUGCUGCUACAUCACUUCAGGUUUUGUUGCUUCGGAACAGCCGUGUCCAAGAUUUAUCUUCGUUUCGAUUUCUUAAAGGACUCAUAUAUGUUGAUUUGGGCGAAUGUCGCUUAACUGAGUCAUCAGCUGACAAUCUCAUUGAUAGCCCACUGUUACAAUACGUAUCUAUGGCAAAAAACAUAGUUUCAAAAUUCCCCGAGUUUUACAAUCCACUUCUUUAUGAGCUAAAUUUAAACUUGAAUGCAAUCAGUCGAUUACAAAUCACCAAUUGGCUGGGUCGAUUACAAGUAUUGAAUCUUGACAACAAUCAGAUUACCGAUAUUGAGCCAUUAUCAAUGUGUCCAUUUUUACGGAUUCUUUCUCUUGAAAAUAACAAAAUCCAAGAUAUUACAAAUGUUUAUUCUAUAUCAGUUUGUCAGCAGUUACAAGUGCUGAAUCUAUCAGAUAAUCCUGUAGAACUCAAUCCAACCCUUUAUAAAAUUGUUGGAACUAUGUUUCAGAAUUUAAAGGUUCUUCUCAAUAAGCAUCAAGUGUGUCGUACAGUCGGGGAUCCUGAAAAAAAAAUGUUUUUUUACACCAAUCCACUGAAAUCUGUUCGUGUUUGUGUUCAGUGUAUUGAUCACCUCAGUAAUGCUAUUUUGGAGGAGUUUGAUAUAAAUGACUCUUUAAAAAUCUUUGAAGAGUGGGCAAAAUUCCUUGGUGCAAAAGAUCAGAGUAUUACGGAAUUUAUGGGACAAUACCGUUCUCCUUAUCUAGACUACCUGACAUCACCUGCGAUUCAAUAUAGCAAAGAUCCUUUGGUUCGUCUUCAAAUACAAGAGCGUCGACUUUUUAUAUUAACAGGCUUGCUAAAUUCAAUGAUUCAAACGCAUGCUACUAUUCCUAUACCUACAGUCGACAUGAUCAUUUCAGUCUGGAUUUUCAAACUUAAAGGCAUCGUGGAUACAUACAAAGUGAUUUACAUUCAGUCCAUUUGGCGGAUGCGUAAAAAUAGGAAACUAUAUCAAAAGAAUCUUAACGGUAAUAUUGUUGGCAGUAACUGUAGGGUUUUCAAGCAAAAUGAUAUUUAUUUUAACGUAUACUGUUUCGAUUUCAACGUGAAAAUGCUAGACUACUAUUUAUGUCAAAAGCUAGCUCAAAAAUGGUGUAAAUGUCGAGCUGCAAAAACCAAACUGGUUGAAUUAAGGCAAAAGAAAUUACACCGUUGUGCUAUGAUGAUUCAAAAAUGCUUUCGAGGUUAUAUGGCAAAAAAAAUGGCAGCUCCUCAAAAAAUGAAAAAAUUAAAAGAGCCAUUUGAUAUGAAUCAAGGUUUAGACUUGGAAAUUCUACAGAAUGAUCCCAGCCAUUGGCUUGAAAGCACAAAUAUCAAUCAGUUUGACGAGAAAUUGAAGGACUAUCUGGCUACAGAAGAGCUGGUUCACUUUUCAUCUAACAACACGUUUGAUGUCAAAAAAGAAGAAAUUCCAUUCGAGGUUUCCUGUGACUUGGGCAAUCGCAAGAAUACUGUCAAGCCAUAUCCGAAAAAACACAAAGUAGACACUACAAAACUAGGAAUACAGCGUGGGGAACUCAUCAAAAAGAUCACAUCACAGUAUGCUGUGCUAUCAAAUAUUUCUCAGCCAACUUCUACUCAAUAUGAUUAUGCUCAAACCUUUUCAAACAACUCUGGAAUCUAUUCAUCAGGAGUUGCGCGAUCCUAUAUUUCUCCUCCAGCGGACAUUACUAUUGUUCAAAAACAAUUGGAUAUAGAAGCCCCUGUUCAAAAACCUUUUCUGUCGCCUGCUCUAGCUCAAAUUCAAGCCACAAAGCAAAAUUCAAAGGAUAUUGAAGCUGGCGUUUUAAGUGGGCAUACCAAAGAUCGGCUAUCAAGUGAACCCAUUGAGCCUAUUGAUUUAAAAACAGACGAAGCAUUGAAACUAUCAUUUCAUCGAAUACUGGAGGGAUGUGUUCAAAGUGCAUUCCACCACCAACAGGCACAACACGAGUUUUUAGAUGAUGAUGAUGGGUUUGUUUUGAUUCAGAAUCAGCCGGUUGAUAAAACGGCGUAUACUUUUGCUUUGGAACAGCAUCAUUUACAACAAGAAGAUGCUUUCCCUUCAAAACACAACAAAUCCAUAGGUCAAACGACAGUUAGUCACGAACGAAAUCAGUAUAUGGCAGACACUCAAACAUUAUCUUCGAGGCAGCGGAAAAAAAUGCAAAUUUUUGAGCCUGAACAGCAGAAAAAUCAAAUGGAUAAAGAUUCAAUACAUAGAUAUCAAGCCUUUGAAGCCGUUGAUAAGUUUAAAAAAAUACCAAAAAAACCUGUAGAUUUAAAGGACGUUUCUGUAAUUUAUGAGUGGGAUAUACAUCGCGGAGAUACUACAAGGAAACUACUGAGCGAGCAAUCAUUGCAAAACGACCCACACCCUCCAAACUCUGCCGAGCUUCAGGUCGUUGGACCUGGAGCAGAAUCGCUCAAAGCUCCAUCCAGGAUGAACAAUCCACCAUUUGCACCAAAAGUGACACUUUUGGUAAACAAUUAUGUAGCAUCAAAAUUACAGAAUGCUUCUGAAGAGCAACAACCAAUCCACAGAUGGCUUAAAAAUAAUACUGAAAGUAUGAUUUCUGUAAAAAGUAUGGAUAAACAGUCCAAUGCAACCGAUAUUUAUCGUUCUACAUUCAAGCCUCGGUAUACAACAGAUAUUGGAAGAGUGUCGUCGACAGUUCCAAUACCUCCAUUGUACGGAAAAUAUAAACUUUAUCGGCAUUCACCACUUCCUAGCAUAGCACAACCGACCCGCAGUAGCAAAUAA